AAUCAGCGACCACGGAGAGAUUUAAAGCUCCGUUACCUGCAGCCUGCACCACAUCUUGUUGUUCUCAGCCCAGGCGUGCCAGACACUGCAAAACCGGUCUUUGUCAUCGCUUGUGAUAACGGAACAACCGUACAGCAUUUAGUGUCGGUGUGAGUGUCUCGUACACUGCGGCAGGACUUCAGCCAUGAUGCACCCCCGGACUUUCAGAGUAGAUUAUGACCACGUUACAAGCGUCGUAUGCGUGGUGGGCGCGGGACUUAACGUGAACCUGAACAGGAGUGCACCUCCAGGCUCUGAGUUCAUCUCUAUGAAGAGCACUGCCACUGUUCAGUACAGCAUCAGCCCCCGACCUCGGGAGACCUCCCACCUGUCUCCCAUCCCUCUUAAGGGAAACUCAGCCCUUCUCAUCCGCAUGAGCCAUGCCAGUGAUUAUGAAAAUGAUGGCAAGUUGUCUAUCCGAUACUAUGGGGAGAAGAAAGAUGUCUUGGGGAGUGUCCUCCUGCACCUGACAGCGGUUGAGAUCUCUCUGGAUGUGGAUGCAGACAGAGACGGUGUUGUGGAGAAAAACAACGCUAAUAAGGGAUCAUGGAAAUGGGGUUCAAAUGGUCACGGAGCCAUCCUAUUGGUCAACUGUGACUCAGAGCGGAUGUUCUUGAAGAAACUAGAUAGCGAGCAGGACCAGGUCUCCAAAGUGUCAGAUCUGAAGGACAUGUCCGUCAUGGUGCUGCGGACCAAAGGCCCGGCCAAACUCCCAAAGGGCUACAAGCUCACCAUGCACAUCUCUCAGGGCGACGCAGAGAGCGUCAGAGUCUUCAGGGCCAGAUCCUCUGGAGUGGAGAGCAACUUACUGCAGAAACUCUUCAGCCAUUUUGUUAAGGAAUAUCCUCUGGUGCUGAGCAAUGAGGUCCUGUCCCAGGAGGUGCCUUACCUCGGAGGCAUCUCGGAGAUGAAGUUUUACGUGGAGGGCCUCAGGUUUCCUGACAAAGACUUCGAUGGGCUCAUCAGCAUCAACCUCAGUCUGCUAGAGCCCAUCGCUGAUGGUCUCCCUGAGACGCCGAUUUUCACAGACACAGCCGUGUUCAGAGUGGCACCUUGGAUCAUGACACCCAACACCCUGCAGCCUGUGGAGGUGUUUGUCUGCAGCACAUCUGAUAACUACCAGUUCCUUAAAGGAAUGAGGAACCUUAUCACAAAGAGCGGUUACAAGCUUAAGAUCUGCCAUGAGUAUAUGAACAGAGGAGAUCGCUGGAUGCAGGACGAGCUGGAGUUUGGAUACAUCGACUCACCUCAUCACCGGUUUCCUGUUGUUCUGGACUCUCCUCGUGAUAGGGGUCUCAAGGAUUUUCCAUACGAUGAGCUGCUGGGCCCCGACUUUGGCUAUGUGACAAGGGUGGCCCAAAGAGAAGACGUGAGCAGUUUGGACUCAUUCGGUAAUCUGGAGGUUAGUCCUCCCGUUACCGUCAAUGGGAAAAACUACCACCUGGGCAGAAUCCUCAUCGGAGUGGCUUUCCCUACGGCCACUAAAGGACGCAACAUGACCAAAGUAGUCCAAGACUUCUUGUGGGCUCAGAAGGUUCAGGAGCCCGUUGCCUUAUUCUCUGACUGGCUUGUAGUCGGCCACAUAGAUGAAUUCAUGAGUUUUGUUCCUGCACCUGACAGAAAGGGAUUCAGGCUGCUGCUGGCCAGCCCGGACGCAGGCUACAAACUAUUCAGAGGCUUACAGAGGGAUGGACACGGGCAAGCCAAACUGUUCGAGGGUCUGAAAGAUGAAGAACAACAAACAGUGGAUGAGAUUCUGAAAGACAAAGGGCUCGCAGCUGAAAAUAACUACGUGCAGAGCUGCAUUGACUGGAACAGAGAUGUGCUGAAGCGAGAGCUGGGCCUGGACGACGAGGACAUCAUCGACCUGCCAAUCCUCUUCAAGUUAUUGAUGGAGGAGAACGACAACAACAAGGCUGAGACCGAGCUCAGAGCAGUGGCUUACUACCCCGACAUGGUGAACAUGAUCGUCUUGGGGAAAAACCUGGGCAUUCCGAAGCCCUUUGGCCCCAAGGUGAACGGACGCUGUGCCCUGGAGGUGGAGAUGUGCUCCCUGAUGGAGGGCCUGGGUCUCAGCUGCACCUUCAUCGACGACUUCGCCUCCUACCACAAACAGCUGGGAGAAGUGCACUGCGGCUCCAACGUCCGCAGGGAACCGUUUGACUUCAAGUGGUGGAACCUGGAGAUGUGAAUAAAAACUGAUCCGUGGGUGGAGAAGGGUUAGAGGACCAGAUUCAGGUUCAAGAAAACAAACGCAUUUCUCAUUUUCUUGCCUUACAUUUUCUCUAAAAUCAUGAAAUGCUUUAUUUUCUCAUAAUCUUGCAAUGCGUGCCAAUCUUCCCCCCCCCCCAAAAAAAGAAAUUACACAGUUAUCACCUAUGUAGGAACAAUGAACCAAGGGCUCGGUCUAAUAUGCAUCUUUUGCUUUAAUAAACAUUUUUGGUGGCUUUAUUUACAAAAAAAGAUGUAAAGCAAUAUUUACAAACAUCUCUUUUGAACAAAGGCUUAAGCAGACAAGAACAGAAAUACAAUCAUUUGAAUGGAGCACAUAGAAGGGUCCCUCCUUUUGUUGUGGUUUAUAGCAAGCACAGUUAGAUGAACGGUACCACAUAGUAAUAUGCUAUAAUAUUACAUCGCCACAAGAGGGCGCACAUCAUCUACUCAAGCAUUUCCAAAGUCCAAAGUAAAAUCAUUUGACAUUUUCUUACCAAAAAUGUAUCCUCAUAUCUUUUCAAUGCCUUUUUAAAGUAAAAAUCAAAAGAUUGUAGCUUGAUGAACCCACUUUGUGCUGUUUUGCAUUUGGUCCAGUGUCUGAACCCUUUUGCACUUUCACAAACUGGAAAUGCUGUUAAAUAAAUCUCAUGUCCGCUUCAGUCAUAUUACUGAAAUCAACUCCAUAUUUCAGUUCUUUCCUUCAUCAUAAAUUGAAAAACAUGAAUAAGCUUCUCUGCUCUGAAAAGGGGAGCUGUUUCAGACUUAAAGGCAUGGGCGUAGGAAGCAUCCUGAAUGUGGGGGGGACAUUUUUAAGGGGGGGUGUGGGGGUCCCCCCCCACGAAAAAAAUACAUAGUAGAUGGUGGUUUGAUACUUUUAUGUGGCUAUACUAGCAUGAGGAAAAUUGAUGGGUACAUUUUGUAAUUUCAUCCAGUAAAGAAAGGAA